AUGCAAAAUCCUGCUGAUUUCAUUACACACUACGGCAGUGUGUACUUUGAUGAUGAUGUAGACACCUCUCUCUUUUCUGUGCCUCAGUUCAGAGGUUGUGAUGAGGUCCUUCAAGCUGAUCAUAAUGUGAGUGGUAUCUACACGAUAUUCCCAGCUGGAUUCAAUGAUGGGCUACAGGUCUACUCUGACAUGGAGACUGAUGGAGGGGGAUGGAUCGUCAUUCAGAGGCGUCAAGAUGGCAGCGUUAAUUUCUACCGCAACUGGGCUGACUACCAGGUUGGCUUUGGCGGCUUGUCUGGUGAGUUCUGGCUUGGGAAUGACAACUUACGCGGCCUGACUGAGACUGAAGACAAUCGUGCACUUCAGACUUCUACAUUUAGAGAGGAACAGGUCAAGUCUGCUGUCCGCUGUUUCAGAGGUUGUGAUGAGGUCCUUCAAGCUGGUCAUAAUGUGAGUGGUAUCUACACGAUAUUUCCACGAUAUGUCUACUGUGACAUGGAGACUGAUGGAGGGGGAUGGAUCGUCAUUCAGAGGCGUCAUCAAGAUGGCAGCGUUGACUUCUAUCGUACGCGCAACUGGGCUGACUACCAGGUUGGCUUUGACAGCUUGUCAGGUGAGUUCUGGCUUGGGAAUGACAACCUACGCAGCCUGACUGAGACUGAAGAUCAACUUUGUCAAAUGAACAAUCUGACAAGGAUGCACAAUCCUGCUGAUUUCAUUACACACUACGGCAGUGUGUACUUUGAUGACGAUGUAGACACAUCUCUCUUCUCGGUGCCUCAGUUCAGAGGUUGUGAUGAGGUGCUUCAAGCUGGUCAUAAUGUGAGUGGUAUCUACACGAUUUUCCCAGCUGGAUUCAAUGAUGGGCUGCAGGUCUACUGUGACAUGGAGCCUGAUGGUGGAGGAUGGAUCGUCAUUCAGAGGCGUCAAGAUGGCAGCGUUGACUUCUACCGCAACUGGGCUGACUACCAGGUUGGCUUUGGCAGCUUGUCUGGUGAGUACUGGCUUGGGAAUGACAACCUACGCAGCCUGACUGAGACUGAAGCAUCGGUUCUCGGGUUUGCACUGGUACAAGUACACUGCAGUAACCUCAAGAAAAUUUUCGUUGCUGCAGACAAUCGUGCACUUCAGACUUCUACAUUUAGACAGGAACAGGCCAAGUCUGCUGUCCACUGUGUUAACUACUGUCAUGCUGAUAACAACUGCCGAUCUGUGAAUUAUCAUAAAACAGAUCAACUUUGUCAAAUGAACAAUCUGACAAGGAUGCAAUAUCCUGCUGAUUUCAUUACACACUACGGCAGUGUGUACUUUGAUGACGAUGUAGACACAUCUUUCUUCUCUGUGCCCCAGUUCAGAGGUUGUGAGGAGUUCCUUCAAGCUGGUCAUAAUGCGAGUGGUAUCUACACGAUAUUCCCAGCUGGAUUCAAUGAUGGGCUGCAGGUCUACUGUGACAUGGAGACUGAUGGUGGAGGAUGGAUCGUCAUUCAGAGGCGUCAAGAUGGCAGCGUUGACUUCUACCGCAACUCGACUGACUACCAGGUUGGAUUUGGCAGCUUGUCUGGUGAGUUCUGGCUUGGGAAUGACAACCUACGCAGCCUGACCGAGACUGAAGGUAAGUGGCAGCUACGAAUUGACUUAGAGGACUGGGAGAAUAACACGGCCUGGGCUGAAUAUGACGACUUUCAGAUUCAUGGAGACAACUACACACUCCAAGUCAAUUUAUACAAUACCAACAGCACUGCAGGAGACUCACUCACAAAUCACAAUGGAAUGCUGUUUUCAACAAAAGACAAGGACAAUGAUUUAAGUGGAAAUAUUUUCUGUGCCAGAUUUCGCACAGGAGCAUGGUGGUACAGGAGAUGUUAUCAAUCUAAUUUGAAUGGACGAUUUGGGCAAGGAACCAAUAAGGGUGGUAUAUCCAUGUAG